CCAACCCAUACACAAGCACAGUUUCGCAAAUGGCCAGCAAAAGUGAAAGUGAAACGCUGCAUGCUGUUUACAGUCAAACAUCGAAGGAAAUCAGGCAAAGGCCAUGGAUUAACACCACAGAGAUACUGCUCUGAUCUCACCCGUUAGACAUGACAUGUUCAAAAGCAUAUGGUUUGGUCCUUCUCUGGGAACUGUUGCAGUGGGGAGCAUUCUGGGCUGGGUUAGUGCUACUGGAGUUCUCCAGCGCUGGAGGUCUGGUGGGUUUAUGGGCCUUUGGGCUCCUACGGGCAUUGCUGUACUCGUUCGCCCUGCUGCUCGCUGAUGGAAGACCGCAACCUGUGCUGGCUAGAUGGGUGUCGAUGCUCUGCCUCUUGCCUCCCGUAUUUGAAAGCGGAAGGAUGGCAAUUGUGCCGGCGGUGUCCGGAAACGUCAUCGGCCUGGUGCCUGACCCCGGCACGGUGGUGUUGGCCGUGGUGUCCUCCACUGUAGCCUGCCUGGCAUGGGAGCUGGGUUUCCCGGACAGUGACUGUAACCCGGGAAGGAAGAAGGAGAAUCAGAAGGCCAGGGUGCAGUUAAUGAGGGUGGUGCGAUACUGCAGGCCGGAUAUCUUCUACCUGGCUGCUGCGUUCCUCUUCCUCAGCCUCGGCGUUAUAUGUGAGACGUUUAUUCCUUACUACCAGGGAAAGGUGAUAGACAUGCUGGGAGCUCAGUUCCGGCACAACAGCUUCAGUUAUGCCAUUGGGGGCAUGGCCUUUGUCUCAGUAGGAAGCUCCCUGUGCUCCGGCCUGCGAGGCUGCCUGUUCAUGUGCAGCCUGGCUAGACUCAACAAGAGGAUGAGACACAUGCUGUUCCACAACCUGGUGCAGCAGGACAUCCCCUUCUUUGAAGAGAAUAAAUCAGGAAGUCUCACCUCUCGCCUGGCCAAUGACGUGGACAAAAUGGGCCGCUCUGUAGCCUUGAACUCCAAUGUGCUGCUGCGAAGCUUCGUGAAGUUGUUCGGCAUGCUAUAUCUGAUGCUGGGCCUUUCCUGGCAGCUCACCCUCCUCUCCAUGGCAGAGAUGCCCCUCCUCGUGCUGCUGCAGAAAACAUACAACACCUACAUCCAGGAGUAUCUUAAACAGCUUCAGGACUGCCAAGCCCACGCCAAAGAGCUGGCCUCCCAAGCUGUUGCGUCGGUGAGAACAGUGCGCAGCUUCGGAGCUGAGCAGCAGGAGCUGCAGAGGUACAACGAAGCCCUCGAGAGGAUGUUCGAGGUCCAGAGACACAAGGGCAUCUAUAGUUCUUUCUACCUCUUACUUAGACGGUGCGUUACAGUGGGUAUCAAGGUGGCCAUGCUGUUCCAAGGUCGUAGGCUCAUCUCCUCUGACCAGCUGAGCAUUGGCAGUCUGCUGGCCUUUGUACUUUUCCAGAAAGAUAUGGUCAGCAAUAUGAGGCAACUUGUGUAUGUCUUUGGAGACAUGCUGGCCACUGUUGAGGCAGCAGACAAGGUUCUCAAACUUCUGGACAGAAAGCCGGAUCAAAGAGAAUCAGGGGAGUUGGUUCCCACAACGCUUCUGGGGAGAAUCACUUUCCAUAAUGUCACCUUCUGCUAUUCCUCACGGCCAGAUAGCCCCGCACUGAAGGCGGUGACUCUGGAGCUUCGUCCGGGGAAGAUGACAGCGCUGGUGGGGCCCUCUGGUGGCGGGAAGAGCUCCUGCGUCUGCUUGCUGGCGAGGUUAUACGAUCCAAUGGAGGGCCAGGUGCAGCUGGAUGGACAUUCUCUGCACUGCUACAAACACCAGUAUUUGCACCAGAAGGUGGCCUUAGUUUCUCAGGAUCCAGUGCUCUUCUCCGGCUCUAUCCGACACAACAUAGAAUACGGCCUGCAGCGGUGCACUCUGGAGAAGGUGCAGGAGGCAGCAAAGAGGGCCAAUGUCCACAACUUUAUAUGUACUCUGGAGCAGGGAUAUAAUACAGGUGUAGGUGAGUGCGGGGACCAGCUGUCCUCUGGACAGAAGCAGUGCAUCGCCAUCGCCAGAGCUCUGGUUCGAGAGCCACAGGUUCUAAUUCUGGACGAGGCCACCCGGGGCAUGGACGUCAACACGGAGCAUGCGGUGAAGGGCGUCCUAGCAGGCUCAGUGGGCCAGACGGUACUGGUGGUGGCCCACCGACUGGAAACUGUGGAGAAGGCCGAUCACAUAAUCUUCAUGGAGGACGGGGAGGUGGUAGAGCAGGGCACGCACCAAGAGCUCAUGGCCAAGAAGGGCCGUUACCAUCGCCUCAAAGAGGAACUCUUUGAGGACUGAGUAGGAAACCCACAAGAGAGAUUUUUUUAUAGCCAUUAUUUGCAAUUCAUGUGACAUUAACUAGUUGACUAACCCAUUAAAGCAUUUUUUUAAAUAUA